GGUGGCGGGCGAGGCUCAGGGCGCGUGCGCGCCGCAAUAGCCCGCGCCCACGUGGUCUCGGCGGAGGCGGCGCGUUUUGUUAAGUAGAUGCCUUGAGAGCGCGCGGGAUUCCGUAAUGUGAAGCUUUUCUGUUGUCGUUUUAAAUUUUUGUCUUUUACUUGAGAAAGAUGAAUUUUGGUCUCUAAAUUCUGUCAUUUUCUUUUGCUGCCUUGGCACUUCCGCUUCCGGUCGUGCGUACUUUUCUUUUCUCCACGCCCCCUUUGUUUCCAAAAUGGCGGUGGUGAAUCAGCCCCCCCCCCUCCUUUCCUUUUCCUUCACGUGGACUGGCAGUGCAAUCUCCCGCUGCUUGUAGGUUUCGAGCCUGUUCAUAUUUUUUUGAUUUCUCCAGAACUCUCCUACCUCGAUGUUUCUGUCUCCGUCUCCGUCUCCGGCUUUGCGGUGUCUUAGAUAAAAAUGUGUCCUACACUUGUUUGCCCGCCAAAGAGGGAAGUCUGCGUUCUUUGUGCUCCUGUUGAGCAUAAAUCAUGUAUGCCUUGGGGCUUUUUUUGGCGGCAGACAAUAUCUGUUUUCCAUAUCCCUAACAAUCCCUAAACUUAUCGGUUUUAGGCAAAGCCCAGGUCCUGUAUCAUUCCAAACUCGGGUACCUAAAGCCAGUUACACUAUAGGGAUUGUAAAAUAUUCAACAGAAUGGGGAAGAGGGAGCUGGCCCAUUAACAGGUUAGUGGAGGCAGGUGCUCCCAAGGUAAGAUCUUGUACUAUGAAUUUGGAUCAGAAAGGCAAGCAGGCUAUGUUGGUGCUGGCGGAUUUAGGGAUACCGAGGAAAACGUUGAUUUACAAGACAUUCUCUACAACCUCUUCUUUUUUGAGACCGAAGAGUUUAAAUUUCUUGAGGGUUGAGACUUAAGCUGUCUUGUGUUGGGGCACUGGAUGAGACCUUGAGAAUUAUUUGAAAUGAAGCUGGAAUUGAGGAGAGAGUAGCUAAAACAGUACACGUGGAAAAGUAAUUAUUCUGAGUGUCCUUGGUGAGCUUUUCUGCUUUGAGUAGUGUAUUGCUUUAGAGUAUAGGGCUUAGGGAUUGAACAUACCUGAGUUCAAAUACCUUCAUUACUCUUUAUCUGACAGUCUAAUCUGUUACCUGUAUGCUGAUCAUCGAUGCUUUGUUUACUGGGUUUUUGAAAUUAGUGGUACAUACUGACUAUAGUUGUAAUUAAACUCCUUCCUUGUCAAGGCAAGGAAAUUUGUUAAACUCUUAAAAUCUGCUUUUUUCUGAGAAGGUUUCAGGUUUCUGUGUAGCCCGAGCUGUCCUUGAACUCACAGAGAUCCUCUUGCCUCUGCCUUCUGCUUGAGGUGUGAGCCACCACCACCAGGCUCUAAACAGUUCUAAGUGAAUUACUUGUAACAGUCUUCUGAGGACAAAAUAGUUUUCUGUUUAUUGAGCAGGAAACUGAGGCUCAUUUAGUUUUUAUUUUUAUUUUCUCUUAAGAGAAAAUGCUCCAAGCAUUAGUUGGAAAGCUGGAGCUGAGUUGAAAUGGAGCAGUGUGUAUAUAUAGCAUGUGGCUUGGGUUAUGCUAGGUGCCUAACUAGCUAUAAUUGGUAUUGUGAAGAUAGGUGGAUUUUGGCUCAAAUAGACUGGUGUUGUUAUAGAAGGGUGGGUAAAGUGGAUGGCAAAUUUUACUCCCUCAUGAGACCUGGGUAGUGUAGAUUUGACUUUCAUUCAAGGAAGGGGAAAAUGGAUGUUAAAGCUAAGUUCCUGCUUUUGUGUAGAUCUCUGACUGCAAAGCCAGUUCCUUGUAGUUCUCGAGUGUCCCUGCUGAUGUUGGCAACAGGGCCUGAGACCUGGCCUAGAAGGGCCAGUUGUUGGAGUUGUGUACAUAAGACAACUACAUUAUAGCGUUUUGAGCAAGUGAAGUUUCCUUUUCUUAACUGUCCAGCAUCAUUAUGUGGGAGAAGGUUCUUGUCUUGCUGGAAGAAAGCUUGACCACUUUGUCACCUUGCUUGCCUAUGGGUAUUUGUCUCUGACCCAGCCUCACUCUAUCUCAACUUUAGCCCCCUUCUCAGUUCCUUAAGUCUACUGGGAGUUUGUGUCCUAGGCCCUUGGUAUUGUCACUUCAUCUCUGGGGUUCUUUGUUUUUGAGACUUAGCAGCAGGGAAGACAUUUGGGAUUUGUAAGUGGCCCCUCUUCGUGGUGUGGAGCCAGAGCUGCCUGGUUCUGUGCUUGUCUCAAUAUUCCACAGUUCUUGCCUCUGUCUAGCUCUUGAUUGUUUUAUUUUAUUCUUUGCAUGUAUGCAUGCAAAUUCUUUUCUGUUAGUAGUUGAACCCAGACUCUGUACUGAAUGUUUUUUGCUUGGUAUUCAUUCCAGAAUACAGCCUGGUACCUAACUUACUUGCAUUACAAUUUCAGUCUGGGCUUCACUGCUUUUUUUUCUUUCCCCGAGACAGGGUUUCUCUAUGUAGCCCUGGCUGUCCUGGAACUCACUUUGUAGACCAGGCUGGCCUCGAACUCAGAAAUCGGCCUGCCUCUGCCUCCCAAGUGCGCCACCACGCUGGGCUUUUUUUUUUUUUUUUUGCUUUUUUAGUAUUAGUAAAGGAGUUAAAGAUUUCAAAUUUUCCUACUUACUGCAACAGAAAAAUACAUAAUAUAAAUGUGAGCCUCUAGCCCUGCCCCUCUCAGGGACGACCCUGAGGUCAGGCCCCUCAGCCCUCGAGGGGGAACAGGAGCCAGCUUCCUCUGUCUUCUCUGGCUCCUCAGCUCCUCUUGAGCAUCUUCAGAGCGGGACAAGGAGAAUCGGCACAGGAAGCGUAGUCACAGUCGCUCUCGAAGCCGAGAUCGAAAGCGCAGGAGCAGGAGCCGAGAUCGGCGCAACCGGGACCAGCGCAGUGCCUCUCGGGAUAGGAGACGACGAAGCAAACCUUUGACCAGAGGCGCUAAAGAGGAGCACGGUGGAUUGAUUCGUUCUCCCCGCCAUGAGAAGAAGAAGAAGGUGCGUAAAUACUGGGACGUGCCACCGCCUGGCUUUGAGCACAUCACCCCAAUGCAGUACAAGGCCAUGCAAGCUGCGGGUCAGAUUCCAGCCACUGCCCUUCUCCCGACCAUGACUCCUGAUGGUCUGGCUGUGACCCCAACGCCAGUGCCUGUGGUUGGGAGCCAGAUGACCAGACAGGCCAGACGUCUCUACGUGGGCAACAUCCCUUUUGGCAUUACUGAGGAGGCUAUGAUGGACUUCUUCAACGCCCAGAUGCGCUUGGGAGGGUUGACUCAGGCCCCUGGCAACCCAGUCUUGGCUGUGCAGAUAAAUCAAGACAAGAAUUUUGCCUUUUUGGAGUUCCGGUCAGUGGAUGAGACGACCCAGGCCAUGGCAUUUGAUGGCAUCAUCUUCCAGGGCCAGUCAUUGAAGAUUCGAAGGCCUCAUGACUAUCAGCCAUUGCCUGGCAUGUCAGAGAACCCCUCUGUUUAUGUGCCUGGAGUUGUAUCCACUGUAGUCCCAGAUUCUGCCCACAAGCUGUUCAUCGGGGGUUUGCCCAAUUACCUAAAUGAUGACCAGGUAAAAGAGCUGCUGACAUCCUUUGGGCCUCUCAAGGCCUUCAACUUGGUUAAGGAUAGUGCCACAGGGCUCUCCAAGGGCUAUGCCUUCUGUGAGUACGUGGACAUCAACGUCACAGAUCAGGCCAUUGCGGGGCUGAAUGGGAUGCAGCUAGGGGACAAGAAGCUGCUUGUCCAGAGGGCGAGUGUGGGAGCCAAGAAUGCCACGCUGGUGAGCCUCCCGAGCACCAUCAAUCAGACACCUGUGACCCUUCAAGUGCCCGGCCUGAUGAGCUCUCAGGUGCAGAUGGGCGGUCACCCAACUGAGGUCCUGUGCCUCAUGAACAUGGUGCUGCCUGAGGAGCUGCUGGACGAUGAGGAGUAUGAGGAGAUUGUAGAGGACGUACGAGACGAGUGCAGCAAGUAUGGGUUGGUCAAAUCCAUUGAAAUUCCCCGCCCCGUGGACGGCGUCGAGGUGCCUGGCUGUGGAAAGAUCUUCGUGGAGUUCACCUCUGUGUUUGACUGCCAGAAAGCCAUGCAGGGUCUAACCGGUCGCAAGUUCGCCAACAGAGUGGUGGUCACAAAAUACUGUGACCCUGAUUCUUACCACCGUCGGGACUUCUGGUAGAGGUGGCUGGGGGAGGGUGGGGGCAGGGCUGGCUGGGGACUUUCCCCCCACCUGUCCCCUCCUCCUUUCCCCCCUCUUGAAGAAGAUGGGCAGAGGAGUGACAGCCGAAUGACAGCCGGCAGCAACUGGAAUGGCAGCAAUUAAGGGGGGUGGGGGGUGGGGGGCUAGGGCAGGAAGGGGACUGGGCAAGUGCACACAGGCCCACACAGACACAUGCACCCACACAGACACAGAGGGAACGGGCUGGGAUGGGGACUGUGUGCACAGCAGGGCGGGUAGGACCUCCACAGCCCCUUCCCAAACAGCCUCUUAUCCCUUACACCCCUUUCCUCCUCUCUUCCCCCAUGGUAGGAACAUAGCGUGUUUAUAUUUUAUGGCCAAACUAUUUUGAAUUUUGUUGUCUGGCCCUCAGUGCCCUGCCCUCUCCCUUUGCAGGACCACAGCUCCCGUCCUUUGGCUUCUGGUCCUUCCUGUUCUCCACCCUGGUUUCUUAAGUAGUUGGUUCUUCUCCUUAGUCUUCCUGACUCAACCCGUGGUCUCUGUCCCGCUCCCCCUCUCUGUGGCAGUUUCAUAUUUGCUAAUACGAAUUUGCUCAUUAAACAUUUUGUUGUAUUUUA